GGUGUGGAUUGGGGUAGAGGAAAGAGAAAGUUCUAGAGGAUCCAACAAUAAAUGCAACUGGGGUAACCUGUCACCUUGGAUACAUUUUGGGGUUAGCCAGAUAUCAGCCCAGAGGUGUGUCCUGGAAGUCAGAAGAUACAGCAAGCAGCUAAGCAAAUCUGUAGAAGCUUAUGUCGAAGAAGCUGUGGUAAGGAGAGAAUUGUCAGACAAUUAUUGCUUCUCCCAGAAAAAUUAUGAUAAGCUUGAUGGAGCAUAUGAAUGGGCUCGCAAAACCCUAGAGGACCACAGGCAAGGAAACACUGGAGGAAGGAAAACACAUGAUGAACUUUGGAAUUCUGCUCAGAUACAAUUGGUGACUGAGGGUAAAAUGCAUGGCUUCUUUAGAAUGUAUUGGGCAAAGAAGAUUCUGGAGUGGAUGAAGAGUCCAGAUGAUUCCUUGGCAACAGCAAACUAUCUCAAAGACAAAUAUAGUCUGAUGGGAGAGAUCCAUGGCUAUGUUGGUUGCAUGUGGUCUAUAUGUGGCAUCCAUGACCAGGGCUGGGGAGAGAGACAGGUGUUUGGAAAGAUCCGUUACAUGAAAUUUUGA